UCACACGUCACCUGUUUCCAGCCUGAUUGACACUGUGAGCUCCAGUGAUCCAGUGUUUCCUCCACAUCCUCCAUCCAGAGUCCAACGACUUCACAGACACAGAAACGCGUCAUCGCGUAAAAAAAAGGCGUGACAGAGAGCGAGCGCCUCACACACACACGUGCCUUCCUCCUCCUCGCUUCUCUUAUCAUGCCUUCAGUCAUAAAACAGGGCUCACACACACACACACACACACACACACACACACACACUGAACGCUGAACCAGCUGCUCUCACACACAUCGACCUGUACAGUCAGUGUUGUGGCGUCUGGAUGUCCGUCAGCGGCUCGUCUCACAGCGACUCUCUGGCUUCAGCAGUGUUUUGAAUUUAGGAGGAGUGUUGGAGAGGAUGUACGAGAGCCGGGUGUCGCUCGAGCUCGGGCAGAACGGAGCCUCGAAACACCAGUCUGCAGGUUCGGGCAAAGAGCGUCAUGGCGCCACCGUCAGCUUUCACAACAUCCACUACAAGGUGACACAAGGAGGAGGGUGUCUGCGUCUGAAGAAGCGUACGACCAAAGACAUCCUCAUCGACCUGAAUGGGAUCAUGAAGCCCGGACUGAACGCCAUCAUGGGCGCGACAGGAAGCGGCAAGUCAUCGUUCCUGGAUGUUUUAGCAGCUAGGAAGGACCCGGCGGGCCUGACGGGAGAAGUUCUGAUCGACGGAGCUCCUCAGCCUCCAAACUUCAAGUGUCUGUCUGGAUACGUGGUGCAGGACGACGUGGUGAUGGGAACUCUGACGGUCAGAGAGAACUUCACUUUCUCUGCAGCACUGCGUCUCCCGGCGUCCGUCUCUCAGAAGGAGAAAGAUCAGAAAGUGGAGAAACUGAUCCAGGAGCUGGGACUGGGCCGCGUGGCCGACUCCAAGGUGGGCACUCAGCUGAUUCGUGGGAUCUCCGGCGGUGAGAGGAAGAGGACGAACAUCGGCAUGGAGCUGAUCAUCGACCCGUCCGUCCUCUUCCUGGACGAGCCGACCACAGGGCUCGACGCCAGCACCGCUAACUCAGUGCUGCUGCUGCUGAAGAGGAUGGCCAACAACGGUCGCACCAUCAUCCUGUCCAUCCACCAGCCUCGAUACUCCAUCUACCGUCUGUUCGACAACCUCACCCUGCUGGUCAACGGCAAACAGGUUUACCACGGCCCGGCUCAGACAGCCCUGGAGUAUUUCUCAGACAUCGGAUACACCUGUGAGGCCCACAACAACCCCGCUGACUUCUUCCUGGACAUCAUUAACGGAGACUCAACCGCCGUCGCCCUCAGCAGCAGCGAUUACGAAGAUCCAGAAUCUGUUUUGAAUUCCAAACGGGGGAUCGAGGACAAACUGGUAGAGGAAUACAGAAACUGCCACUUCUACAGACAGACCAAAGCAGAGCUGGGGAGGAUCAUUCAGGGUAAGCCGAUGACCACCACUCGUCCCUCCAGGACCAUCACCUACAACACCAGCUUCCUGACCCAGUUCAAAUGGGUUCUCAAGAGAACGUUCCGCAACCUCAUGCUGAACCCGCAGACCUCCGUCGCUCAGGUGGCUGUUACCUUGUUCCUCGCUUUGGUGGUCGGAGCCAUUUUCUUUGACGUCCAGCUGGAUAGCAGCGGACAACAGAACAGGUUCGGCGCCCUCUUCUUCAUCACUGUGAAUCAGUGUUUCAGCUCCAUGUCAUCAGCCGAACUCUUCAUCACAGAGAGGAAACUCUUCAUUCACGAGUACAUCAGCGGUUACUACAGAGUGUCUGUCUACUUCCUGUCCAAGAUCCUGUCUGACAUCAUCACGCUGAGGACCAUCCCCGCCGUCGUCUUCUCCUGUGUGGCGUACUUCAUGAUCGGUCUGAAGCCGACAGUUGAGGCCUUCUUCUUCUUCAUGUUCACUGUCGCUCUGGUCGCCUACACGGCCACCUCCAUGGCUCUGGCCAUCUCAGCCGACCAGACGGUGGUGGCCAUCGCCACCAUCUUCAUGACCAUCGCCUGCGUCUUCAUGAUGAUCUUUGCUGGUUUGCUUGUAAACCUGAACUCCAUCGUCAGCUGGCUCGCUUGGUUAAAAUACUUGAGUAUACCACGAUAUGGCAUGAGUGCUCUGCUGGCUAAUGAGUUUACUGGGCUGGACUUCUGUACAGUUAAUUUUACCACCAGGUGCACAGGUGAGGACUUCCUGGGGGUGCAGGGUGUGGAUUACUCCACCUGGGGCUUGUGGCAGAACCACAUGGCUCUGGGCAUUAUGACCAUCUGCUUCCUCGCCAUCGCUUACCUCAAACUGCGCUUCAUCAGGAAGUUCACCUAGACCUUCAUCAUCUUCAUCUUCAUCAUAGCCAUCAUGUUGAUACAGUCUGAGACUUGUUUGCGGGAGCUCAGGACUGUUUGUAAAUCUUAAGUUUGUUCAUUAACGGUAUCAGUUAAUCCUCCAGACCUCUAACACUGAUCACGUUUGUAAAAUAAAAUGUCUGUUGUUUAUGGAAGUUAUUAAUCUUGAUGCACUCCCCACUAACACCAGAGCACUUCAGUGAGACAGAAAUCAGAAAACUGUGACAGAAGUUUUGCACUUAAAGCUCAGAGACAAACCAGUUAAUUAUUUUCACACAAAUACAAAAAAAAAUGUCAUAUUUAUGAUUUUUUUAAAAUAAAAUGAAACACUGAAUUUGCA